AUGGCAGCUCCGAGCUUCGCCACAGCGCUUUAUGGGCACGUGGGCCACGGCGCCUUUGCCAAUGUGUAUGAGUCCGCGGAGGAUACGUUCCUGCUGUUGGACGCGCUGGAGGCAGCAGCCCCAGAAGUGACAGGAGUGGAAAUAUGCCUUGAAGUAGGAUCAGGGUCUGGAGUGGUAUCUGCAUUCCUAGCCUCUAUGAUAGGUCCUCAAGCUUUGUACCUGGGCACUGAUAGCAACCCUGAAGCAGCUUUCACUCUGAAAACAGCACACUGUAACAAAGUCCACAUUCAGCCAGAAAUUACAUACUUGGUAGGAGGUCAUGGAGUAGAAGCAGCUUGGGCUGGUGGCAGAAAUGGUCGGGAAGUCAUGGACCGAUUCUUCCCACUGGCUGCCGAUCUUCUGUCACCAAGAGGAUUAUUCUAUCUAGUUACCAUCAAAGAAAACAAUCCAGAAGAAAUUUUGGAAGCAAUACAAGGAACUGUUGCACUUCCCAGACAAGCAGGCCAAGAACUCCUUUCAGUUCUGAAGUUCACCAAGUCCUCACUUACAGUGUAUGCUGUGUAUUAUGCUGGAUAUGCUUGGAGAACCGGGGUCUCCGCCCAUCUGCCACCCGCAUCCCCUGUGGCGCGCGGUGGCGCGAUUGAGGCCUGGCCCUGCCCCCAGGCCCUUGUCCCCGGGGCGCCUCGCAAGCGGGGACGUGGGCGGCGGGCCCAGGGCACGGGUUGGGGAGGCAGCUGGUGA